AUUCUGUUGUUGGUGGAGUGAUCUGUAUGCUGUUGUUUGGUGAAUGUGCAUAUUCUGUUGUUGGGUGGAGCAUUCUAUAUUUUGUUGUUGGGUGGAUUGUUGUAUAUCCUGUUGGGUGGAUUGUUCUAUAUUCUGUUGCUGGGUGGUGUGUUCUAUAUUCUGUUGGGUGGAUUGUUCUAAAUUCUGUUGUUGGGUGGUGUGUUCUAUAUUUUGUUGUUGGGUAGCAUGUUCUAUAUUCUGUUGUUGGGUGGUGUGUUCUGUAUUCUGUUGCUGGGUAGUGUGUUCCGUAUUCUGUUGUUGAGUGGAGUGUUCCGUAUUCUGUUGUUGGGUGGAGUGUUGUAUAUUCUGUUGUUGGGUGGCAUGUUCUAUAUUCUGUUGUUGGGUGGCAUGUUCUGUAUUCUGUGUUGGGUGGAGUGUUCUGUAUCCUCUUGUUGGGUGUCGCAUUCUGUAUUGUUGUUGGGCGGUUUCUUCUAUAUUCUCUUGUUGGGUGGCAUGUUCUUUCUUCUGUUCGGUGGAGCGUUCUAUCUUUUGUUAUUAGGUGGAGCGUUCUAUCUUCUGUUGUUGGGUUGCAUGUUCUGUCUUCUGUUGUUGGGUGUCGUGUUCUAUAUUCUGUUGUUUGUGGCAUGUUCUAUAUUCUGUUGUUGGGUGGCGUGUUCUAUAUUCUGUUGUUGGGUGGAUUGUUCUAUAUUCUGUUGUUGGUGGAGUGUUCUAUAGUCUGUUGUUGGGUGGAGUGUUGCAUAUUCCAUUGUUGGGUGGAGUGUUGCAUAUUCCGUUGUUGGGUCAGUGUUCUAUAUUCUGGUUUUGGUGGCAUGUUCUGUAUUCUGUUGUUGGGUGGCGAGUUCUGUAUUCUGUUGUUGGGUGGCGUGUUCUAUAUUCUGUUGUUGGGUGCAUUGUUCUGUAUUCUGUUGUUCGGUGGCGUGUUCUGUAUUCUGUUGUUGGGGUGUUCUGUAUUCUGUUGUUGGGUGCAUUGUUCUGUAUUCUGUUGUUCAGUGGCGUGUUCUAUAUUCUGUUAUUGGUGGAGUGUUCUAUAUUCUGUUGUUGGUGGAGUGUUCCAUAUUCUGUUGUUGGGUGGAUUGUUCUGUAUUCUGUUGUUGGGUGGAGUGUUGCAUAUUCCGUUGUUGGGUGGCGUGUUCUGUAUUCCAUUGUUGGAUCAAUGUUCUAUAUUCUAUUUUUGGUGGCACGUUCUGUAUUCUGUUGUUGGGUGGCGUGUUUUAUAUUCUGUUGUUAGGUUGUGUGUUCUAUAUUCUGUUGUUGGGUGGCGUGUUCUGUAUUCGGUUGCUGGGCGGCGUGUUCUGUAUUCUGUUGGUGGGCAGCGUGUUCUGUAUUCUGUUGGUGGGUGGCAUGUUCUAUUUUCUUUGUUGGGUGGCGUGUUCUAUGUUCUGUUGUUGGGUGGAGUGUUCUAUAUUCUGUUGUUGGAUGGAGUGUUCUAUCUUCUGUUGUCGGGUGGCAUGUUCUAUAUUCUGUUGUGUGGCGUGUUCUACAUUCUGUUGUUGGUGUAGUGUUCUAUAUUCUGUUGCUGGGUGACGUGCUCUAUAUUCUGUAGUUGGGUGGCAUGUUCUAUAUUCUUUCGUUGGGUGGCAUGUUCUAUAUUCUGUUGUUGGUUGGAUUGUUCUGUAUUCUGUUGGGUGGCGUGUUCUGUAUUCUGUUGUUGGGUGGCGUGUUCUAUAUUCGGUUGUUGGGUGGCGUGUUCUGUCUUCUGUUGUUGGAUGGAGUGUUCUGUCUUCUUUUGUUGGGUGGCAUGUUCUCUCUUCCAUUUUUGGGUGGAUUGUUCUAUAUUCUGUUGGGUGGCAUGUUCUAUAUUCUUUUGUUGGUGGAGUGUUCUAUAUUCUGUUGUUGGGUGGUGUGUUUUAUAUUCUGUUGUUGGGUGGGAUGUUCUAUCUUCUGUUGGGUGGAUUGUUAUAUAUUCUGUUGUUGGUUGGCGUGUUCUAUCUUCUGUUGUUGGGUGGAUUGUUCUAUAUUCUAUUGGGUGGCGUGUUCUAUUGUUGGUGGAGUGGUCUAUAUUCUGUUGUUGGGUGGCAGGUUCUGUCUUCUGUUGAGUGGAGCGUUCUGUGUUCUGUUAUUGGGUGGAGCGUUUUAUCUUCUGUUGUUGGGUGGAGGAUUCUAUCUUCUAUUGUUGGGUGGCGCAUUCUAUAUCCUGUUGUUUCGUGGCAUGUUCUACAUUCUGUUGUUGGAUGGCAUGUUCUAUAUUCUGUUGUUGGGUGUAUUGUUCUAUAUUCUGUUGGUUGGUGGCAUGUUCUAUAUUCUGUUGUUGUUAGAGUGUUCUAUAUUCCGUUGUUGGUGUGUUAUAUCUCCCCUUAUUGGGGGGAUUGUUCUAUAUUCUGUUGGUGGGUGAAUUGUUCUAUAUUCUGUUGUUGGGUGGAUUGUUCUGUAUUCUGUUGUUGGGUGGAUUGUGCUAUAUUCGGUUGUUGGGUGGUGUGUUCUAUAUUCUGUUGUUGGGUGGUGUGUUCUAUACUCUGUUGUUGGGUGCUGUGUUCUAUAUUCUGUUAUUGGGUGGAUUGUUCUAUAUUCUGUUGCUGGAUUGUUCUAUAUUCUGUUGUUGGGUGGCGUGUUCUAUAUUCGGUUGUUGGGUGGCGUGUUCUAUAUUCUGUUGUUGGGUGGUGUGUUCUAUAUUCUGUUGUUGGGUGCUGUGUUCUAUAUUCUGUUGUUGGGUGGAUUGUUCUAUAUUCUGUUGUUGGAUGGAUUGUUCUAUAUUCUGUUGUUGGGUGGCGUGUUCUAUAUUCUGUUGUUGGGUGGCGUGUUCUAUAUUCUGUUGUUGGGUGGCGUGUUCUAUAUUCUGUUGUUGGGUGGCGUGUUCUAUAUUCAGUUGUUGGGUGGCAUGUUCUGUAUUCUGUUGUUGGGUGGCGUGUUCUAUAUUCGGUUGUUGGGUGGCGUGUUCUAUAUUCUGUUGUUGGGUGGCGUGUUCUAUAUUCUGUUGUUGGGUGGCGUGUUCUAUCUUCUGUUGUUGGGUGGCGUGUUCUAUCUUCUGUUGUUGGGUGCCAUGUUCUAUAUUCUCUUGUUGGGUGGAGUGUUCUAUAUUCCGCUGUUGGGUGGAUGUUCUAUAUUCUGUUGUUCGAUGGUGUGUUCUGUAUUCUCUUUUUGGGUGGCGUGUUCUGUAUUCUGUUGUUGGGUGAUGUGUUCUGUAUUCUAUUGUUUGGGUGGCACAUUCUAUAUUCUGUUGUUGGGCGCCGUGUUCUACAUUCUGUUAUUGGGUGGAGUGUUCUAUAUUCUGUUGUUGGGUGGUGUGUUCUACAAAAUGUCAGGUCAGGUUGGUUAAGGGUUGUUAGUUUAGGUUUUCUAUAUUCUUAGUUUUUUCUUUUUUUGCUCUUUUCAUCAAUUGCUAUGAGAAAGAAGUGUUGAAUUUUUUCAACUGUAAUUGUGGAUUUGUGUGUUUCCCCAUUCAGUCCUAUUGGUUGUUGCUUUAUCUCUUCUCUAAAACUAUAUUUUAACUUACUUUUACUGAUUUUGAAAUAGAUUUUUUGUUUAGGAAAACAAAGUGUUAAAAUGUAAACCAACCAGAGAUAAUUUUAGGGAGCAGUGUUUAAUUCAGCCUUCAAACUUGUUCAUGAGUCGUGAUCAAUCUUUGUUGUCAUAUUAUUAUAUUAAAAACUAUUUCAGAGAGGAAAUUUGUAGCCAGGUACAGUUUUUUUUGUAGUUUGAUUAAAAAGUUAAAUUUAUCACAAUGAAUCAUAUAUUUUUAAUGUUACGAUUCCUGUUGUAUAAAAAUUUUACUAACAAAUUUAAAAGGUGAGAAGAAGAGAUCAAAUUGUUUUGCAGUUAUAAAAUUAUCACUAGUUUAGCCUUUGAGAAUAUAGGUAAUAGAUUAAAAAUUCAAUUUAAAAAUGAUUUAAACUGCUUUUGAGACUUCCUCCAGAACUGACCUUUUUCAUUUAUGAA